AUUUUUUAAAUAAAAAAUAAAUCCAUUAUUUUUGCAUGGUUCAAGUGAAGAGACAAGACAGAAGAAAAGUUUAUGAAUACUUGUUAUUGGAAGGUGUUAUUGUGAUUAAGAAGGACAUGGCACUCCCAUUGCAUGCUGAAACAGGAGUCAAGAAUCUUGAAGUCUGGAUGCUCUUGAGAAGCUUAAGAGACAAGAAAUUAGUGGAUUUAGUAUUCUCAUGGCAAUAUUACUAUUAUUAUCUCAAGGCAGAAGGUGUGAAAUAUGUAAGAGACAAAUUGGGUAUUGUCGAAGAUGUUAUUCCUGCAACAUUCAAAAAGGCUGAUAAGAAAUUUGAAGAUGAUGCUCCAGAGACAAGACAAAGAGGUGGAAAGGGAGGAAGAUCAUUUGGCAGAGGAAACAGAGGAGCUCCAAGAAGAAAUGAAGAAACAGAAUAGCCAGCCUAAUGAAUAUAAUUACAUAAGUAUAUUACAUUACCCAUCUAUUAUUUUCUA